CCUGUUCCAAUGUGCUGUAAGCCAACAACUCAGAAGUGGUGCUUUGCAAUCAUCACAGGCUACUCCCAAGGCCCCCCCUCACCUUUGGCGGUGCAAGGACUAUUAUCGCCUUUAAUUUGCCCUGAUAUCACGCUGCCGGAACAAAACACUGAAAAGUCCAUCCGAUUUAUCGGAUUAAACCCGUCUACUUCCACUACUCAAACCUAGCAACGCCACCAUGACCCGCUCCUAGGAACAAACUGUAUCCAGUGUUUUCGGUGUGAGCCGCUUUUCACAAAAAUCUGCUACGGGACGAUUCUACGUUUUUGGUCAGAAUGGAGUAGUAUUAUCUUCCGCAAUCGGACAAUUACUUCUCUU